GAAACAUCAAUAAAACACAUUUAAAAUGUAAUACGGUCCACCGCCUUCCCUCGUGGCACCGCCUUCCCUCAUGGCACCGCCCUCCUUUAUCCCACAGCAUCAAAACGUGCCGCAAAGUCAUGAUUAGUUGCACCGAGAACACUCACGUGUUGUCACAAAGUAGAAGCUUGUUUGUCGUAACCACCUUUCCGAUUCACAUUUUAAAAUGCGUGCGUUCGUAUUACAUACAGACCAAACCAGUGCAAACAAAAUGAUCACCACCACAACGAUUAACCGACUGAACACGCAAUGCUGUGGCGUCGACAGCGGUUCGCACGACGUUCCCGACAUUCAAGCGUAGGCGUCGUUGACUUUCUAGCUGUAGCCGCAAAUCGUUCUGGCAAAGUUUAUCCUGACUGAGAGGCGACCUGUCACUCAAAAAGUCGCGACACAGUUACGACGAAAUUAGGUUUCUUGGUGCACCGACUGUCGUAGACUUGUACGAUAACAAACAUUUGGCACAGUGGCAUCGGGGGAACUUUAAUCAGUUUCUGAUACGUGCUGUUAGUGUCUGACCAGGUGGCAUUGACUUUCCGAAGAAGCGAGUGUGUUUGCGCCCGUGUCUCUGACAGGUAGAAGAAAAUGCAUGCUACUGAAAGCUUGAGUGACUGAUAGGUUGGCAAAUAUGACCGACAACGUUGUCGUCGAAAGCCCUAGCAUCGCUAAAGGAAAGUUUUCCUUUUGGAUGCAGAUAGGAUUAACCAGGGAACAGAUAAACGCUGAAGGGGAACUUACUUUGGCAUCACUGAAAGAGGCAGCAUGUUCGUUCGUCGAUAGAAAGUUUCCUGAGCAUGGUUUUUACAACCUCGUGGAUAAGAUUCUCCUGUUCCAUCAUGACGGUUCCAGUAACAAUGUCCUCAACCUCAUUUGCGAGGCCAGCCAGAUCUACGAGGGCUGUCUUGUUGAAGUUGUUCUGUCAGCCCAAGCAACCAUGGAGGAGCUACAGAUUCGACCUCACCUGCUGUUUGUCCACUCGUACAAGUCGCCACACUUCUGUGAUUUCUGUGGAGAGAUGUUGUUCGGACUUGUCAAGCAAGGGCUGAAAUGUGAAGGAUGUGGCCUUAAUUUUCACAAGCGAUGUGCAUACCGGAUCCCCAACAACUGCAGCCACAACCGAUACCGCCGUCAGUCCUCCAGUAGCCUGUCACCAAAUCUGCCUACUGUGCUGCCAGUUCCAGACACUAACCAAAAUGAGAACCAGCUUUUGUGUUCAGUAAGUCCAAGUGAAGAUUUCGUAAGAGAGGCCAUCUCGCCAACAGUGUUCAGCAGUCCUGUGCCCUUUGACCUUGGCCGACAUAAAUCAUCGGGUUUCAGCCCAUCAAAGGGAACUUUUACCCUUCCAAUCGUGGAGAACAAUGUCAAAGAAAAUCACCAGAGCCUUGUACCAAAAGUAAACCUUACCGCCCCGUCUUCACCAAAUACUGGACGGUCCAAAUCUUGGAGUGGACGUCCGCUGUGGCUGGAGCGUGAAUAUGCAACUCGGAUCAAAGUUCCGCACACGUUUGUGGUGCACAACUACACGAGACCCACAGUCUGUCAGUGGUGCAAGCGGCUCCUCAAGGGGCUCUUUCGACAGGGCAUGCAGUGCAAAGAUUGUAAGUUCAACUGUCAUCGAAAGUGUGCUCCACUUGUUCCCAAUGAUUGUGCAGGAGAACUGCCAUACAGAAUUGGAGGCUUCAAUGAUUCUCUGGACAAUAUCUCGGAGCCUGAGACAGAGUGCGAGCGUGAUGGCGUCACUGACAUCAGUGAGAUCGAGUCCGAGUUGGAGUUCUCCGGACAGCAGGACGAGAACAGUCAACAGGACGAUAAUGAUAACGAGGAAGUGGACCAGAAACCACCGCUUAGCCCAACUCAGAGUAGCAACAUCCCACUGAUGAGAGUUGUGCAGUCGGUGAAACACACCAAGAGGACUGGGUCGAAAAUCAUCAAAGCCGGCUGGAUGGUGCACUUUACUGACAAAGAUAAUGCGAGGAAGAGGCACUAUUGGCGACUUGACUCCAAGUCCAUCGUCAUGUACAUCAAUGAGCAAUCCAAGCGCUACUUUAAGGAGAUUCCAUUAAACAGCAUUACGUCAGUAGAACCGGCAAAGCUGAAACCUGCACCAGAGCUGUCCCGCGCUCCUCAUGUGUUUGAGAUUAAGAUGUUGACCCUCAUCUACUGCAUUGGCGAGAACCCCAGCUACGGGCAGCAGCAGACGAACAUCGUGAGCUCCCCAGAGAGCGGCAUCGGUCUGGAGCAGGCAAAACACUGGGAGCAAGCCUUGAGGCAGGCGUUGAUGCCACUGACGCCAACCUCCAGUGUGACGGAAGAUGAAAAGGGUAGCACAGCUAAUGGAGGUGGAUCCAUAAAGAACAAGCAGCCGGACAUCAGUCAGUUGUAUCAGAUAUUCCCAGAGGACGUGUUGGGUUCUGGCCAGUUUGGAAUAGUGUACGGAGGUCGUCAUAAAAAGUCAAACCGUGAUGUGGCAAUCAAGGUCAUUGACAAAAUGAGAUUUCCCACGAAACAAGAAGCACAACUCAAGAUAGAAGUGUCCAUUCUGCAGAAUCUGCAUCAUCCGGGAGUUGUGAACUUGGAGCAGAUGUUUGAAACUCCAGAGAGAAUAUUUGUUGUGAUGGAGAAGUUGAAAGGAGAUAUGCUUGAAAUGAUUUUGUCCAGUCCAAAGGGCCGUAUUAGCGAACGUGUCACAAAGUACCUUAUUUCACAGAUCCUUGUUGCCUUGAAACAUCUCCACUGUAAAAGUGUUGUACACUGCGACCUCAAACCUGAAAAUGUACUCUUGUCAUCAGAAACUGCUUUUCCCCAGGUGAAACUCUGUGACUUUGGUUUUGCAAGAAUCAUUGGAGAGAAAUCAUUUAGAAGAUCUGUGGUCGGGACACCAGCUUAUCUUGCACCUGAGGUGUUGAAAAGAAAAGGCUACAAUCGGUCUCUCGACAUGUGGUCUGUGGGAGUGGUCAUCUAUGUCAGUUUAAGUGGCACGUUUCCUUUCAAUGAGGAUGAAGAGAUUAGUGAUCAAAUCCAGAAUGCAUCCUUCAUGUACCCACCGAACCCAUGGAAAGACGUGUCCCAGGAAGCCAUUGACCUGAUCACCAACCUGCUGCAGGUGAAGAUGAGGAAGAGAUUCACCGUGGACAAAUCACUGUCACACGUCUUUCUGCAGGACUAUCAAAUGUGGUGCGACCUGCGUGUUCUUGAGAUGCAUGUCGGCAUGCGGUACCUGACGCACGAGUCUGACGACGAGCGCUGGGAGCAGUACCGCAAGGACAACAACCUGCAGCUGUGGACGGAGAUCGGUCAGAAAGGUCUGAACGAAACCUACAACUUCAGUAAGCUCCGUGACAAGCCUAAGUCCUGAAUGUGCUUCUCACCCGCACUGCCAGUCCUCCUCCUCCUCUCUCGUGUUCUUCAACAUGCACACUUCGUCCUUGUAGAUCUGACUCCUUGUUAUUGCAGACAGUGUAUAGUGGCUGCUGCAUGGAUUGACGGUUGUGUGAUCUGUACCAUCGCCCACUGUACACUGUACAAUCCCAACAACAGCAGCAGCUACUACUGUUGAUGGCAUGGAUGAUUGUAGGUUAAUUUGGGGGUGAACGUUUUGGGUUUUUUUAUAUCGUGCUGAUCUUGAGUGCAAGUUGUGAAGCACGUCUGUCAUGGGCCUAGGUUUUUGUUAAUUUGGUUGAGUACGUGUGUCCAACAUGGUGGGUGUUGGUAGACUUUUGUAAUCAUGAUUAUGCUAUAUGCACUCUUUUGAUGCCCCGGCUGUUGUAUGGCAAUCAGUGAUCUAUGCCUUGAUCUCAAGACGUGUUCUGCAAACUCUGUGCUGGUUGAUAUAUUGUGGUGUGUGCACUUCGUCUUGCACCACAAAUACCCUUUCUUUCAUCUGGUUCCAGCACUCUGAACCAGAGUCCACACACUAAAGGUCUGUUUCCACUUUAGCAUUUCAGGCCCCGUAAAUCAGGUCGAUAAAAAUGCUUCAUUUGCUAAUAGAGUUACAACAGACUUUUAGUGUGUGGACUCUGGUUCAGACUGUUAAAACCAGAAUUCACACACUAAAGGUCUGUUUCCACUUUAGCAUUUCAGGCCAUGUGAAUUGAGUCGGUAAAAAUGCUUCAUUUGCUAUUAGAGUAACAAUGAAAAGGUUUAAAAACAUGCUCGGCCACCAAGGUGUGAAAUGCCAAUGUGAUUCCUGUAUUUGGGAUCAGGUCAUAAUGGACAGUGAGCGCUAUCCGACCCGCAUUUACUACCCCCAAGGAAAUAGUUGACCAGAUUGCUAAAAGCUGCAUGCAUGCUGGUCAUUUCAUGACACUUGAAAUUGUGGCGUAAAAUUCUUAAGUGGAAACAGACCUUAAAAGUAUUGUCACCCUUUGUGUGUGGACUUGGGUUUAGACUGCCUAAACUCUAAUCACCAUAGAAACUGCAUUCAUUAAUACAUGUAUCAUGUCAAGAAUCUUAAAGAUCUUUAGCAUCAGUCUAGCCUUGUACAGUUUUAUAAGCAUGUGUUGAGAUGUACCACUACGAUUAUCUGAAAUGUACAUGUAUCUGUCAUAAUAUACUGAAUAUAUGCAAUUUAUAACUUUUUAUGUACCCAGGUUAUGUUGCUGGUACAUAUAUAUUGCUUGAACAUGUGAUAAAGUAUACCAUGGCUGUCUCUCUCUUGAUGCAUGUUGUUGCCUGUUAUCGGGUAUUUUUAACAGACAUAUUUUUAAAAGCUUGAAAAAUGCAGAUUUUAAGAAGUACACCAAGGCUAGAACAUUCAACAGAAGAGUGACUCAUCGGUUUAUCUUCAAGUGAUAUUUGAGUAAUAUAUUUAUGUUUUCUCUUUUAUGUUACUUAUGGGGUUCUCUGUACGUUCAUUUGUAUUCAGGACCUUUGAGGUUUGAGUAAAUUGUGUCAAAGUUUUAUUUGAGCGUAUUUAUAUAUCAGUGUAGUGUUUACCUUAGGCCGUGAUCAACAUUUGUUUGAGAAAAUCACUACAAACCUCACAAAUGCUUGGGCUAGUGUGCUAUAUAUUAUAGUAAUACGGUUGAUAAUUUCCACUAGCUCAGACCAAUAAUUCAGUAGCCAGUACCGAGGGAUAGUGGAUUUGUUGAUCCCUGCCUUAGGUAAUGACUUCUGUUAAAGAUCAUAAAUCACAGAAACGUUUUUACGGUGGCAUAUCAUAAUUAUAUGUAUCUGCAUAAUAAUUUAAUUUUUGUAAAGUAACGUAUAGUUUAUUUUACGACCCCACUACAGCACAUAGAUGUAUUUAAUCAUCAGCUAUUUGGAUGUCAUACAUUUGGUAAUUCUGACAUAAGCAGUAGUUAAUGGUGUGCUAGUUGUCGAUUUUAUUUUUUAAAAUGCAAUAACAAAUUUUGUUUGAAUAAAGGGAUCAUUUUAGAAAAUACACUUUAGGAUAGAUUUUAGGUUACUUUUUUUUUUCCUGGUGAGAAAGAUUCGUUUCGGUGAUUUAGGAUACGUCAAUGCUAUUUAAUUAUAGAUUUGACUUUUUUAUUUUAUAUAAACAUCUUAUGCUUGAAUCUUUUCUUAAAUAGAAAAGAGAUGAGAAUUUAGGAUAGUUGAUUUUCUGAAAUGUCAACCCCCCAAAAAUUAAUCAAACUUGAAUAUGUCACUGUGAAGAGAGCAUUACUGCGCUAGAUUCUGAUAUAUCAAUUUUAUAGGUGUAAAAAAUAUUUAGAAUUUUGUAAGUUAUAUUACAAAUUGUUUUUUUCAUGUUGUUUAUAUUUGUUAUCAUUUUUGUACCCGUUUGUUUAUAGAUGUUGAAUCUUCAUUUUACCUCUAAGCUUAUUUUCUGAUAGUGUGUUGACAAUUUAUGGUUUGAAAAUAGCAUUGGUAAACGUUAAUGUGUUCCAAGUUCAACAUGUUGACACUUCCAUAUCUUUCACAAGGUUGCAAAUGUUGAUAUAUUUAUCCAUAAUAUUAUAAUGUGUAUGUCAAAAACCAUCCACAUGUUCAUCAGUCUGGCAUAAUCCAAAACAUGGUCAGAAACACAAAAACGUGCAUGAUUACAGGAAUGUAUCAAACACACACUUUCACAAACACAUGCAGACACACACACACACACACACACACACACACACACACACACACACAUGCAAACAUGUACACCUUUAUAUGUUUAUAUGUUGUACACAAACAGCAUAUUAUGUACACGUCGAAACAGAAACACACACAGAUGGACAAAAAGACUAGUACAAAUCCAGUACAUAAUAUAUAUAUAUAUAUAUAUUAUCUUUUAUAUAUGUAGUAACCUUUAUUUUGAGAGAGAUAUAUAUCACACAUUUUGUGCAGACAUUGAAUUUUAUAUUCUCAGAGGUUUAUUGCCAUGACAUUAACAGGCAUUUAAAGCUGAUGGUUUCAUGCUGACAUAAUAUAUUACAGUCAAUGUUUAAAAUUAAUGUAAAAAAUCUGACAAUUUGUAGAAUGGCCAAAAGUUUCAGUCAGUUUGUAACCUAACCGAUUCAUUUGUCAUUCUAACUUUUCCAGGAUAACACAGCCGUAUGGCAGUGACAUCUUAUUCUGUUUACCUGUAUUUUUUUAUUUUUAUGUAGUAAUUAUUGUAAGACAAAUCAAGCCAGUUUGUGUGUCUUGCUCUAUAGACCGGAUCUGGAUUGUGCAUAGUUUUUAAUAUAUUCUUUUUUGUAGUGGUCCACUGAAGACAUGUAGUGAUAACAAUCAUUUAGAGAGAUGAAUGUUUUCCAAAUUCCCAAUCUUAAUCAUCCAUACAGUGUUUGUGGGUUUCUUCAUAAUUUGUCCAAUGUUUUCCAUAUUCUCUGUACAAAACUUAUGAUAUGUUUUCAUCUGAUACUUUGCAUACAUUCUGAAUAGGGUCCGCCAGUUUAGAAUGGCCCAACCUCUUCUACCAAUGCACUCUUCCUCACAAGGGUUUAAAUAAAUUUAAAAUUACUAUUAUUUUAAUAUUUUAAUUUAGAAUGCCCGUACAUAAAUUGCGACCAAAUUGGUAAUAAAAUUAUUUUAUUUUAUUAUUUUGGAAAUGCGCUUUAAAAUUUAUUAAAACCCAAUUUUAUUAUUUAGGCCAUAAUAUUCAAAAUUGACCAGGAAAUAAUUUCUGUCCCGAGUCAGGCCCCUGGCUAUCCAGAGACAAGACUCGGGACAGACAUGCUCGAUACUUCCGUGGUAUAUGAGCAUGACAAAAUUAUCCGCUCCACCAUUUAGACCAUCAUGCAACACUAAUCUUAGGGCCAAUCUCAGUACUUGACCACCAGUAUUAAGAUUUCGGGAAUUGUUUUCGUAACCCACUUUCAUCUCUGAAGUCAGUAACAUAUUUUUUUAUUAAAAAUACUAAUCCAAAAUGUGACAACUGCUUUUAAAAAAGAAGGAAAAAGAGGAAAACUGCUAAAUGUAUUGUGUGUUAUAUACCAAAAAUAUACUAACAGAAAAGUACAUAUUGUAUUUAGAAUUAUAUAUUAUUAAAUGAUGAAUUUUUGGGUUUAUAAAAAUGUAUUAUCUUGAAAAAUAAAUGUAUUGUCAUAAAACUUGGCAAGCAUUUCUUUCAUCUUGGUAAAAAAAAUAAAAAUAUAUAUAUAAACAUUUCUUUAAAACACCCGUACUAUUUUAAGUCUAUCAUCUGACAGUUAUUAGUCCUGUUAAUGUAACUGUAGUAUUUCAUAGAUCAGUAGAAGAUAAUGACUGAACUGACAAUGCUUUCAUUAUAAUUACAAGUCUCAGCAUGAGACUGAUUUCAAGAGAUAACUACUGUGUUAGGCCAGCUUGUGCUCAUGAACAUCUGUUGAAAUAUUAGUAAUUACAGACUUACACAAAAAGAAAUCACUUCGUAGACAUUUUUUUUUUUUUUUUUUUUAAUUCAUUUUUUUCACAUACUAUUUUUUAAAAAGUGUUUGCCAAACCUGAUGAAAAUAAGUUUUAAUUGACUGUUUUAUAUAAUAGUAAAUAUAUGCUUUUUUGUAAACUUCUGGUGCCUUGUCCAGAUGUGCCAAUAAAUGAAUAUGUUGUAUUUUCUGUAUUCUCCACAACUAUAUCAGAAAAACUAGUGUGUGACCUGUGAAUACAUUUUAAAGCAACAUCACCCGUUACUCCAAACUCACCAACAAGUGGUAUUAGUAGCAUGUUAAUGUGCAUUUGAUAAGCAUAAAUUACAAAAUUAUGGAAUUAGUGAUGAUGUAACAUUUUCAUUAUAGACACUAUAUACAUGUAUAUUUUAAAACAUCAUUACCCAUCUGGGGCCUAAUUCACCAAACUCGCAAUUUUGCAAUCUCGUUGUGCAGUGCUAAAAGACUUGCAAAGAGGAUGCUUUGUUGUCUAGCAGAGCCUAAGGGACCUUUGUGAAUUAGGCCCCCGUUGUGCAACAUACGUAUAUAUAUACAUUUAGUUUUAUUCCAGAAAUUAUCACACAGGGUUGAGUGUAUAGACAAACUAAAUGUUUAAGAAGUUAGUUUGUUUUGUUUAAUGACAUCACUAGAGCACAUUGAUUUAUUGAUCAUCGGCUGUUGGAUGUCAAAAACUUGGUAGUUGUACAUCAGAAAACUGCUACAUUCUUACUUUAGCAGUAAGGGAUCUUUUUUUUGAACUUUCAAACAGAUAGGAUAUACUGGCCUUGGGCCACUGGUUGAGAUGGGGGGGAGGGGGUGGGGGGGGACGAUCAGAAUAGAUUCACUGAGAGGUUUAAAGCAGCUUAAGCAAGUGCUGUACCAUCAAAGCCAGAUACUGCCAUCAAAUUUUAAAAGAUUUCAUUUGUCUGGUGGGUUUUUGGGGAGGAGAUUAUUUUGUUUUGUCAGAUGGUUGGUUGUGCAUACAAAUAUAACCUGUUUGGGUGGUUACAUAUUAGUCUUGCUUACUUUAUGGGUGGUUGGUAUUAAAACCAGUAUUAAAGGGACUGUUCUCAGUUUGUUGCCAUUGUUAACAUUUUGCCGACUAAUGGAGACAUUUUAAUGACUACAGUUGCAUAUGAAAUUCAAUUUUCUGCAUAAUAUAUAUAUAUAUAUAUAUGUAUAUAUAUAUAUGUAUACGUAUAUGAAAUAUGUUUCUGGUUGUCCUAAUCUGUAAUAGGUCAAACUUCAUUUUAUUUCCUGAUAUCUAUUUUUUUUCUUUUCUUUUCUUUUUUUUGGUAGAAAUGAUUUCGGAGACCAAAUCCAGUGCGGUCUGCUUUAAAACAUUUAGGACAACAAGAAACGUUUUAAAUAUACAGAUACUAAUAUUCUAAAUGAGAAACUCUAUUGAGUAUAUAACUUCAGUCAUUCAAAGAUUUGUAUUAGUCAGAAAAUGUUUACACAAUGACAGCAAACUCUGGACGGUCUAUAAAGCUUCACACUCGUACUGCACAUGUGAUAAUGUCUGUAAUACUGCUUAAAUGUAAACACUUCCAUGACUAGCGUCGGGACCACUUUGGGAUUGUGUAGUCAGUUCAUGACGUAUACCAUUGACCAGUGUUUCUGUCAGAAAGAAAUUUUUGGGAAUGGCGUUAUGGAAUUGAAUGCAACCAGUUAACAGGCCUCCCCCAGAAAGAAAAUGGAUUACGUUUAGUGUUAGUGUUAGGGUUAAGAAAAUCAUACAUUAAUGAUAAAAGAGUAAUUAAUUUUGUCAAAAGGUUAACUUAAAAAAAAAAAAAAAAUUGCCAAAGAAUUUGGGUAUGGCACCAUACCCAUUUUACCCUCUGACAGGAACCCUGUUGAAAGUAAUGUGUAUUGUGUGAAACAAACUGACUGGACAAUAGAUUCUUCUUGGUUUUUCUCAUUUUAAAAAUUAUUUUUUAAACCUAUUUUUAAAUAUUGUAACAUAUUGUGUUUAAUCAAUAUCUAAAAAGUACUGUAUAUUAGUUUUAAGUGAGAAUUUUGAUUCCUGCUGCAGUCUUCAAUGACAAAACAAAACAAAUGCCAAAAUAUAAACACUGUUGAAUGUUGGUUUUUUAUAUAGCAUGAAUGUUCCUUUUAAUCAUUUAUAAACUGUGGACAUAUUUUAAUAUGAGCACCUGUUUUUAAUAUAUGUAUAUAGAUGUAAUAUAAUGCAUUCAUCACCAGUACAUUGUUCUCAAUUGCAUUACUGGAUACAGUGAAGUGCACUUCUGAUUAAAACUACAAAUUGUUAACACAUCAGAAAUUGUAUCUCUGUACAGAGAGAACCCAGUGGAAUUUUUUACAAUUGUGACAUUGUAAAAUCAGUAUACAUUACUCACUAUCAUUGUCAACAAACUAGGGGAACUAGUAACCUAGCAACAAUCAAAAUAUUAUGAAAUCAAUAAUCAAGUUUAAACAAAAAAUAGAAGCAUAAUAUUUUGAUAAAAAAUGCAUCUACACUUCCGUAUCCAGCUUGCUUUAAUACCAAUAAAUGGCAUUAUUCUUUUACAGGAUGACCUUUUUAUACUUCAUGAAUCAAAAUGUAUCAUAUUUCCAUGAAAAUUAUCUGUCCCAUACAGUUCAGAUGAUUUGGGUUUUUUUUAUUCAUUUAAAGAUAAAUGUGUAGAUGAAUUUUUCCAAAAAUUAGAGCUUACUGUAUGAAUAGAAUACUAGACAUUCCAACAGAAGUUUUAUUUUGCAGUUAGUGUUAGACUAGUUCUGUAUGAUGUUUGCAUAUGUACUAGAAUAAGACAAAUGUGCCUGUCGGUUUUCAAAAUUCUUGGAGGCAUGGUCUAAACUUAAUGUAACCAGGAAUUCAAAGAAUACUUGUAAAUGGAAAUCUAAAAAAUUAAUUAGGUCAGAUGAUAAAUAAUUUAAUGGUGUUUUGUUUUAUUUUAUUUUAUUUCAAUAGGCAUAUAUGUUUGUCAAAAGAUUUAUCUCCCUGGGUUACCAAUUUGUAACGCUGUGACAGCUAGCAUUUGAGAAUUACAUUUGCAGUCUUCAUUUCUCGACUGUGAAAUAUUCCACAUUUAUAAAAUAUAUGAGCUGUCAUACACGAAAACCUACAAUAUAGCAUGAUGUCAGAAACCGAGUAAACACGGCUCAAAGUUUGAUGUCUUUUACUUUGAUGUUGACAAUAUGACGUUUUUGAUGCUGUAUUUUUGCACAAUACAAUUAAGAUAGAAUGCUAAUACCUGAGAUUUAUUAUUUGAAGGUUAUUACCUGCUAUUUGCCAAAAAAUGUAGAUCUAUAUAUUUUUAGUUUUUUUUGUUUUUGCUAAGUUGUAGGUUUUCCUGUUAUACAACUCGUAUAGUGUUUGUAAAAAGAGAUAAUGUCAUAAUGCUAUGCUUACAAUUUGUGUUUGCAUGAUAAUCAUCCCAGUGCAAAUAGAUUUUUAGGCUUGAUUAAAUGGGUGAUAUUGCUAUGUAAUUAUUAAAUGGGUGAUAUUGCUAUGUAAUUAUUAAAUGGGUUAUAUCGCUAUGUAAUUAUUAAAUGGAAACUGGGUGUAUGGUGACUAUUGUUAUAUCCAAGAAUAAAUUCUUGUUUCUUUUGUAUUUGAAUAUUCAAAUGGAGAUUUGUAAAGUGUUUUUGUAAAUGUGUACUUUGAGAAGUAUAUACAUGUAAACUGUUAAAACUAACUAGUUAACUAAAGAAAAGGAAUUUUUAACAACAUUGCAUUGUAAUAUUUUUAAAAUUUUGAACACAUAAUAUAUAUAUUUUUACAAUUGAUCUAAGGCAUUAACCACAUAAGCUACACCUUUCCAGUAGCAGUAUAUAUACAGCAGGCUUUGAUAAUACAAUCAUAAAGUAAUCCAGUAUGUCCAAGGCUUUAGAUGUUCAGAAUUGCAUUUAAAGCUAUUUUAAUGUAAUCAAAACCGAACAUUGGUAUAGAAGUCAAAUGUUUUAAGGUCAGUGGAUUUGUACUUAAUUUGGGCAUACAUAUUUUGGGCACAUUUAUCGCCUUGACUUUGGUGCAACCUAAGCCCUGUGUGUAGAUGAGUUAUAUCUUACAGCCAACCACAUAUGAGGCAAGCACUCGACCACUGAUGUAUAGUUUUCUCUGCUAUGACAUACACAUAGCUGAAGUGAAGUACCUGUGAUGUAAUCCUUGCUAACAUCUCCAAUAAACCAAAAGCAAGAGGUUAUUAGAGGAGGGUGAUGUUAUUGUUUGCACAAAUUGUAUGCAUUCAAAGAAUUGUAAAUGUGGGACAACAGUUUCCUAAAAUAUAUAAAUAUCUAUAUAUACAUACAUAUAUAUAUAUAUAUAUAUAUAUAAUGAAAUGUUUAAUAAAUGGUGCUACUUUUUAUAUGGCAUCUUAUUGUU